AGUUUAUUAAUGCUCAAAGUUGCCCACGCUGAGGGCACCUGAUGGCCGGCUAGGUGUCUCUUAUGGUAGAUUUACCCUAUCUACACCAUGAAAUGAUAGGAUGACCACACGGCCCGGAGUAUGCACGGGAGUUCUUCCGUAGCACCAAGGAUCAACGAGUAAUAGUCCUGAUGUGUACCAAGGAAGGCACGCCGCGGUAUGUCGAUUGGGAUAUCUGCCACGGGCUUAAUCGAUCUCCUGUAUCAGUGAAGCGCACAAUACACUCUAUCUUGUUUAUACCCGGAUUCCGGACUUUCUAUAAGACGAACCAAUUUGUGUAGGCCUUCAGGAUGCCAUGGAUAUAUAAAAGCGAUGAUUUCGGAGAGUACCCAACUGCUGGCCAUCAUCGAAAGAUCUCUCUUGUUUUUAAAUUGCCUGGCUCUCUUGAUUUGCUUUGAAGCCUCCUCAGCUGAUCCUGCAAAACUCCGAAAGUUCAUUUUUUGUUCGUUAUACCUAGCCUCCCAUCCCAUCCCAUCCCAUCCCAUCUAAACAAAAAACUUAGCCAUGGGGAGAAGCUCCUCUCCGCAAUCUCUGAAGAUGAGAUUUCCAAGAUAUAUCGCGUUGUCGACGCCUGUUUUCCUCUACAUCUUCGCAGUGGGCUGCUUGUGGGGGCAUUUAUACCGGAACGGCUACCUCGAUGCCCUGCUCCGGCUCAAGAACGAAGGGCCACACCACCUCCCGGGCUCCGAGAAUGCCAUCCGCACUUUCUAUACGGGCAUCGGUCCGCUGGACAAGCUUGUGACGGUGGGGGUUGUUAUAUUUGCCAACGUCACCGACGGGAGCACCCCUGAGCUUUCUCUUUACAUUUUCCAAUUUUGUGGACAGUACCUUGCUAUGCUUGUCAUGAUUAACAUAGAGAGCUUAAGGGCUGGCAACGCAACUAAUUUUUUCUCUUUAUUCUCUUUAUGGGGUUUCUUCAUGCAAAUAACAAGCUAUGGUUGCACAAUGCCCCUUUACGUGGCAGCCCAUUUAUUGAAUUUGCCCACUGGCGAUGUGGCAGGAGUAGGACUUUCCGAGGCAGUGCCAAUAUCGAAGCUAUCGGAGCUAGCGGUGCUGCCGCAAGCAUUCAUCCUCGGCUAUGUUAUACCAGCAACACUCAUGAGCGUCCCGAUCUUUUCGAACGCGACGCAUCAAUGGUUCGUCGGUCUAUGGCAAGGUUUCCAUAUAUUCAUCGUACUUUUCCAGAAACUGCUGGCGGCUUGGGUAGGCCAGAACAGACGACUUCUCGACGUUGACAAACGUCAGAAGUGCCCACCUGACAUUCCCACCAAGUUCCAGGAUUCUUCAGCUUGUAGGAAUGAGAAAGAUCUGCUUGAAAAAGCCUAUCUCUUCGCGUUCUCAUGGUGUCUUGUCUCCCAUGUCGUCACAUUCAUGUUAAUCGCAGCAGUUUGCAUAGCCCCCUCUACAUUCCCCCCUCAUUUACGCGAAGCUUGGACAAUAUCCAAGGUCUUUUUACCUACCCCGUUCUGGUCGUCCGAGAAGAUGGAGUCUAUGGCAACUGCAAUGCAUAGCUUCUUCGCAUACGACCAGUAUGUCGGCUUGAUAGCGUCUAUCAUAUGGUCGUCUGCUCUAUAUGUGAAGUCGAGAGAACUACCUAUGGGAGCGAGGGCGUGGGCUAAGCUAGGGUUCACAGUCUCGGCGCUAACCUUAUGUUCGGGACAUGCCGGCGCAGUCGUGUGGUUGAUGUGGAAGAAAGAUCAGCGAUUACUAUCGAGACGCGAGAAGGGCGAGGAGCUGGGCGCAGCCUUUUCGCUCGCCAGGACUUUGCCCUGGGUGAUCCUGGUGCUAUUGCUCGAAAUACCGCUUCUCGCCGAACUUGAUAUGGAUCAUAUGGAGGAUACUUGCGGUUGGUGUUUCCAACGUGGUGCUACCGAAUGGGCUUAUCGAGAUCAAGAAGUGUGCUCGCUGCUAUCGAUGCCUCUGAGCGUACGUGCCGUGAUCAACCUGCUCAGUCGCCUGAAAGAUAGUAUAGACAUAGAAAAAGAGCAUAUCAUUGAUAUUCUGAAGGUCUGGCCGGCAGCUAAAAAGUAUGAUGACUUCCAUAUGCUCGCCAACGCGGCUUGGACCUAUGUAGGAAAACCUUCCUUCGACGUAGGCUCUCUGCUCGACUUUGGCGACUACGGUCGCGGGUUCGAUCCUUUGAUCUGCAGUGCGAACCAUUCCUGCACCCUAACGUGGUACGCGUCGGUAACCAGCCGAGCACGCUGUUGCGUGCAUCGAGACCGAUUUAAGAAAGGUGAAGAGAUACCUUUCAUGUCAUAUACCGAAACGACAAAUCCGUUUUGGCUACGACAAGAACAUCUCGGAGAGUUAUGUUUUCACUUGACAUUGUUCCAAGCGUACGAACUGUCCGGUUUCUCCUGAAGACGCGUUCGCGGAACCACCACAAGUGCUGUCUGAGGAGUACUGCAACGUGGUAGAUGAACUAGUAAAGCGCCAUAGAGCCGAGCUGGCGAAGUUUUUAGUUCGGACUGUCGAGUCCAGAGCGCAACUCAGAUUUGCUGCGAUACAGGCAUCUGUUUUUUUCUGUGUCUGAAAGUAGCUGCUCUAAGGAAGAGGACCUUAGAGAGGCUCUCCAUAUGUGUAUCGAUUCAGGAAUGUGGACUUGGGCACGGUAGCCUGUGCCUGAGCUAUGUCGUCGAUUAUUCGGUGUAUACAUGGAGUCUGGCGGUCUUUACAAGUCGCUCAAAUUAGGGUUAAAACUCCUUGUCGAGGUAAUGCCCACCUAAAAUUUGUCUACAAUCUUCUGUUCCGGAACGAUUGAUCCUCGCCGAGACGUUAGCAGUAAUGGCUAAUGUUAGGUACUCUCAGGCCCAAUGCACCCACAGACAGGAAGUGAACUUGCUAAAUAUGGAUUGGAUCCAAAGGUCAUUUUCUAGGGUUUAAUGUUUGAAUUACGUAGGUAUAUUCCCCAGAUGUACCGCUAGGUUUCACCAUUUGGCAGAUUCGUAGAAAAUUACUACGAGCAAGUCAAAGCUCG